AUGGCUAUGACACAUCUUUUUGUCAGCUAUGCAGACAGCAUGAGCUGCAAAGGAGAACAAGAAGCAGAACAUCAAGAUGCUCCACCAAAAGUCCAAUCGGGUACCACAACUAUUAUCUAUCCCCUUCGUAACACAACAAUGCGAGAUGUAGAGCUUCAACCUACACUCGAAAACCGUGCUAAAUGCAACCUGAUUACAUUUGUCAAGGACGUCUGCCCUACACGUUCACAAAUGUGUGAUAUGUCCGAACAUAUGGUCCUUGACAUCAUUAAAAUUCUAAUUGACAAUCAUCCUGGUUUUGAAUAUCUCACGAGUUCUCCAGCAUUCAAACAUCACUCCUACUGA